AUGGUGCGCCGUCCAACGCCAGUGUCCGCGGCCGCGUCCGAGCCCCUGCUCUCCCCCGGCGCUGCCUCGUCCCACCGGUCCGUGUGUGGUCGGCGAAACCCUACCUGCCUCUUCCUCUCCGUCGGCGGCGGUGGCGACGAAACUCGGCGCCUGGAUCUGGCGGUACCUCACCCUCUUCCUCUCCUACCCCGACGCGGGCCGCCGCUGAUGAAGACCCGCGCGCAGGAGGCGGCGGCCACCGACGCUGUGGCAACGAAGGUACGGAACACCAACCUCGAUGUGGCGAUAGAGUCGCUCCUGAACGUCGAGAAGCAGAUGAGGCUGGCCGGCGAUGUCGUCGGCACGCGGAAGGCCGUCAUCGACAUCGUUGAGCUCUGCUACAAGGCCGGCGCGUGGAAGACGCUCAACGACCAGAUCGUUCUCCUCUCCAAGAGGAGAGGCCAGCUUAAGCAGGCCAUAACUGCUAUGGUUCAGAAAGCAAUGGACUACAUUGAUUUGACACUAGACAUUGACCCACGCAUCGAGCUAAUCAAAACACUGAGCAGCGUCUCUGUUGGCAAAUAUUGUUUGUCAGUUCAGGCCAUCCAUGACUGUUACUACCAAGUUGUUUAUCAGGUCGAAACAUUUGGUUCCAUGGCCAAGACAGGAAAAAUUGCUUUUAUUCUUGACCAGGUCCGGCUAUGCCUAGAUCGGCAAGAUUAUGUCAGAGCACAAAUUUUAUCAAGGAAAAUUAGUGCUAGAGUACCUAAUACUGAAUAUGAUGAGCGCAAAGGAAGAAUAUCAAUUGGACGGCUGCAUGCAGGAGAACUUCAGCGUGGCAUGGAGGCCAAGAGACUUGCACUAUGUAUGCAGAAGAAACUUGAAGGCCCUACUGUUUUUGAAAUGCUUGAGAAUGCUUUGCAGCUUGCAACUUCAGAGAAAAGGGUCCUGGAAGAGCGCAACAUAAAGCUUUUGAUCGCACAAAUGCAUGUUGUCAUGGGUCAGUUGGAUGUUGCAUCUGAGAAACUACAAAAUCUUAUAAAUGAGGAUCCUCGAGAUUUUCGGUCUCACCUUUGCCAGGGCAUUGUGUAUGCACUUUUCGACAGAAAAGAAGACGCAGAUAAGCAGUUUGAUAUUUACAGAGGCCUUGUGCCGGAUAAAUUCCCAUAUAAGAGUUUUAUCAGUGAUGUUAUACUAGCGGCUAGAAUGGAGUCACAUGAUCGGCUACAAAAGGAAUUUGAAUCUGAGUUCCAAACGAAGAAAUGA